GACGGAAGCAAAUCGGUCGCGGUUUGUAAGUGAUUCAAUUACAGCAAAUUGUGUGUUACAAAAUAAAUUAAACAUACGUUUAAUCCAUAUUUAGGCGAGAUAGUAACCUUGUGCAACAAGCGUUAUACAGUAUCAUAGAUCAGUCACAUAAUAUAGUUUCUGGAUACUUUUCGGACAGUGAAGAGCGCAUGCCUCCACCGCCACAAGGUGUUUCUGUACAGGUGGAGCUUCUGAAAAUUAGCCAUCUUCACUGUUGCAAUCAGAACUGAGGUACCAUGUCAGACUUCACCAUUGAUAUCCAGCUGACAGAACUAGGGUUCCCUGACAUCUUGCAGCCCAGAGAAAUUACCUGUGUGAAGGAAACACCAUCGCCUUCGGCCUCUAACAAUAUUUCCCCUGGAUCCCUGGCCAACCUCCAAAUCCCCAGUUCCUCGCCACCUCCUCCUGCUGCACUCACUCCCACAGCUGUGGACCCAGAACUGGUCGGUGUAGAACAGCUGGUUUCUGUAGCCUCAAGGACUGCUUCUACAGUACAGCAGGUUGCCUUACAGACGGGCCCUCACAUUACAGUAACCCCAAGUCCCUCUGGGCCCCCUGAGACACUGACAAUACUCUGCCCACCCCCUCCUUCUACACACAAACCGGUGGUAGUGGCACACACUUCACGGCCUGUUAGUCCCAUAUUGCUACCCAAGAGUUUAGUAAGUGGUCAAAGCAAUAGCCUUCACCAAACCCCCAAAAUAACUAAAACUGUCUUGAUAUCUGUGUCUCGUGUUGGAGCUGGUACUGUGUUGACUACUGUACCAGCUCCUUCAACUCCCCCUGUUGAACACUUAAGAACCAUUAAGAAUGAUUCCAAGCUGCCACUGGCAGACCAGACUGCAAUGUUUCAGACCACUCCAAAACCUGUAAACACAGGGAAGCCAGGAAGGGCGGUCGCUGAGGAAGAAGAACCAGGAGAAAAUAUUGGAGAGGGAAUAGGAGGGAAAAAUGGAGGGAAAGAUGUUUUCGAUGAUGGGAAAGUGCAAGGACUGAAAGAGAAAGAAGCAGAAGUUGCAAAAAGUUUAGAGGAGGAUUCUGAGGAAACAGAUGACAGUGAGGUUUCUGAGAAUGAGGAUGAUGAUGAAGAGGAGGAGGAGGAGGACGAACUGGACCCAGAAGCAGAGCCUGGAGGUUCAGGCGAACACCGCUGUAGCGUCUGUGACCUCGUCCUUUCCUCCAGCUUCCAGCUCCAGGAGCACAUGAACCUGCACACAGGGGCACGCCCCUACUGCUGUGCCGAGUGUGGCAAGCGCUUCUGUCAGCUGGCCAACUACCGCUCCCACCUGCGGACGCACGCCCAGCCCCAGACCUCAGUCCCACCCGUACAGCUCCGCUGCCGUGUUUGCCUGAAGGGCUUCGAUUCUGAGCAGGGUUUGAAGGACCACCUAGCCAAGUCCCACUUUGAGAAGGAGUUCUAUGAGUGUGACGCAUGCAAGCGCAUCUUCACCUGCCUGACCAAGUGUGAGGAGCACCUGGAGGAGCACAAGCGCGAGCUGGCGGACCACGUGUGUCUGCAGUGCUGCCGCCGCUUCCGCCUGCGCCGCUCUCUCCGCCGCCACAAGGAGCGGGGCUGUGUCCGCAGCUAUCGCUGCACCGACUGCCCCAUGAACUUCAGCCGCAAGAAUGCCCUCCUCAAGCACAGCUUCUCCCACUUGGGCCUGCUGCCUUACACCUGCAUCCAGUGCCGUGCACAUUUCCGCCUGGCCAGGCUCUACCGUAAGCAUGAGUGUGAGCCGGAGCGGCUCCACUGUGUGGCAUGCCUGGGCGUCUUUCAGAGCCACAACGACUUCCAGAGGCACAAGAGGGAGACUGGCUGCUGGGGCCAGCAGGGGACCAAGGGGGAUGAGAUCCGCUGUAUGGAGUGUGGCCAGGCCUUCUCCACGGCUGACGAGCUGAAGAAUCACGCCGGGGCCCACCAGAGGGUGAUGACCUGCUCCGAGUGCGGCAAGGGCUUCCGCUCGGCCUUGAUGCUGAUGUCACACAUGGGGGGCCACGCAGGGUCGAGGCCCUGUCUGUGUAAGAACUGUGGCCUGGGCUUCCCUCACCAGCAGGGUUACGAGAGCCACCUCAAGGACUGUGGAUGCAAACCCCCUCCUGUGAUGGCUCCAAAGAAACCAUGGAAGGAUGCACCUGCUGCUCCUUCCAAACCGCUAGCCCAGCUCGCUCCAAGUUAUCUCCCUGUCUCUGCUCCUGUGAAGAAACCAGAGAGACAAGUGUCAGCACCACUUUCUACCCCAGUGAGAAUGCUGGGCUCUGCCCCUGCCAGAGUCACUAUGGGAGUCUCUGCUUCUACCCCAGUGAGAAUGCCAGGCUCUGUCCCUGCCGGAGUCACAAUGGGAAUCCCUAACACCAAUGCUGUCCGUGUGGUGAGCCCUGACCAACCCACCAAGGGUCUGUGGAAGCUCAGCCUGGACAAACAGCCUCCUCCUGGGGUGUCCUUGGUCAUGUUUGUCCCUGCCAACACCCCUCUGGCCUCUGGACUCUCUGGCCCAUCCUCCACCCCCCAGCUCCCAGCUCUCUCAGGCACACAGCCCCAGUGGAAGGUAUUCAACCCAGCACCAAAUCCAGGAGCCCCUCCUCCGGUGCUGUGCCAGUCCAGCUUCACCUCUGAGCCGGGCCUGAGCCUCAUAGCAGAGGCAAACCGGCGCUACUCCUCUAAUGCCCCGCUGGAUCUGGCCUUAAAGACAACUUACUACGAACAGGAGCCUGCUAAUUUACUACCUCUUGAUCUGUCUAACAAGUCGACUUGCUCCACUCUUCCUGCUAACCUUGUAGUCAAGACUGAACCGAGAGACCCUGGGUUUGCAGAGGAGACUGAGGAAGAAGUAUUCACAAGUUUAACAGGAGAUAAAAAGGGGAUAGUCUUUCAGAGUAAGAUGGAGCCAGGAGAGGAUUCUAAAAUGGAGGCUAUGGCUCAGAAGGGGGGAAAUAGAGAAGGGAGAGGAGAUGAAGACAGGCAAAAUGACAGCAGAGAUGAUGGAACAGCUCAGUCUCAAAUGAAGAAGGCACCAAAGCCGGGAGUCCCGUCAACACUGCGGCUCCUGACCGUCAAACAGACAGAACCUUUGAAGAACACUGCCAAAGUGGAUCUAGUGAAUCAGCUGAAAAUCGAGUCCGUCAGCUCUUUGCACUCCAAAAUGCUUCGGGGCUUAGUCCAUAUAAAGCAGGAACCACUGUCUCUAGAGCCUGACAGUGGAACACAGAGCUCAGACUUCUGUUCGUACAGCCCGCUGACAGCAUUGAAGAGGAAGAUGGAGCCAGACGUGGGGCUGGACUUGAGAUGGGAUGGGGGCACCCCAGGCUGUGUGCUCGACUUGAGGUUGAAUGGAGGGAACCCAGCCAGUUGUGAUGUGGCGGAGAAAGCAGAGGAGAGGAACAUGGAAGGAGACCGUGUAGAGGAGGAGCUUGAGGGUGGCGAGAAGGAUGGCGCAACAGAGGAGAGGAAAGCAGAUAUGGAUGGAUCGGAGGAGAGGAAAGAGCAGAAGGAUGGAUCGGAGCAGAGGAAAGUGGAUAAGGCUGGAUCAGAGGAGAGGAAAGCGGAUAAGGAUGGAUCGGAGGAGAGGAAAGCAGAUAAGGAUGGAUCGAAGGAGAGGAAAGCAGAUAAGGAUGGAUCGGAGGAGAGGAAAGCGGAUAAGGAUGGAUCGAAGGAGAAGGAUGGAACCGAGGAGAGGAAAGGGGAGGAGGAUGGAACGGAGGAGACUGACGCCACUGUUGAUGAACCCACAGCCCAUAACCCAGAGACACAGCUCCAUCCCUCUCCCAUCCCCUCUCCUCCCUCCUCACCACCAUAUAAAAGACGAAGGUCACUAAGGACAAGGGAAAAGCCUAGAGCCCUACGUGACUGUUUAUUAUAAGGGCAGUACUUUAGACAGAGUGAAAAAUGGGAUUGCUGACAACAAUGUUAAUGAGAUUGCCUUUUAAUGGCCUGAGAAACAGGGAAAAACAUAACCAAGCUUACUGUAAAACAAUUCAUACUAGGCUUGUUAUUAAAUUAUAAUAGCAACACAUUUUGUGGAUUAAUGGUGAUUUUUAUAAACCAUGCCUCUACAUGAAUUUGCCCUCUGGAUUUGGUUGCUUUCCUGUAUUCCAAUUAUUUUUUCUUAGCUAUUAAAGACUUACUAUGUCUAUGUUUAAUGUACCUGCUAGUGUUUAGUGAGCUAGCUAACACUCCUUGUUGUUAGCUGCUUACUGUGUGGCAAGAGAUUGAGAUUAGGGUAAAUAGUUUCCAUUGUUUUCGAUGUUACAGUAGUUGCGUAUGUUGGCAAUAGGAUCAUGCACUUCUUCCAGUGUUAUGCACACCUUUCCAAACACUCCAUAUGUAUUUGACUAUACCAACAUAAUUUAUUUGGGUUCUUUGUUAUAGGUUGUCUAGUUAGUCUUCACUUGAAUGUCAUUGUAAUUUUUGUCGUUUCUAUUCUAUAUAAGCUUCCGUAUGGUUUCGCCAAGGUUUCUUAUUCAGGUACUGAUGGGGGGUGUUUGGGAGCCAGGAUUUAAUGUACUGUCAACUUUCUGAGAAAUGUUUCUCAACAGCUGGGUUUUUGUUUGAUUUGAGUUCCAUAAUUGGUAUAAUAUGCAAGAAAUGUAUGUGCUGUCCAAUUAUAAUGUUAAAUUGACAUGCAUAUAAUUUUCUAUCACGUUGAAUGUCUUACCCCAAAUUCAACUGAAUGGUUGCAGUGUUUUGUAGUUUAAAAUAUUCUGUUCUGAAAUUGGGAUCUUAAAGGAUACAAAUAAAGAUUAACGUGUCGGAAUGGUA